AUGGACUCAAAGUUAUUUCUCAAGUCAGCCAAUACCAGACAUUUUCGCACUCAACAUGCUGGCUCUGGAGUCAUCCACUUGUACAUCAACAGCAGUUACAAAGAAAAGUGUGCAAAGAGGAACAUGGCUAGUGGUGACAAGCCAAAACCUAAAAUUGAAGGAAAGUAUAGCCCGAGAGAACUGCCAAUGGUUCCGGAGACCAAACUCGAAAAAGGCGAUCACGAAAACCGCUCCAGCCACAAUCCGUCGAGGAACGUGGCUGCCUCCUCAACGCCGCACAGGGCACGUGAGGUCAGCGUUCUCUUUGCAAUGGAUGUGUCUCCUAGUGGCACGAAAGUGUGUAGAAAUCUGUUGUUGGUCCUCGAGAGACUAAUUUUUGCGUGGAUUCCCGAUAAGUCCCAUUUCCUGUUGCUACCCCUUCGUAAAAACUCGAAGGCCAGCGAGAUCCAGGAAUCUCUGGAUAAAAUCUGUGGAUGCGUUGUCGGGGAAGUAUGCGAGGAUCUCCCAGAGGUAUCCAUAUUUGUCUUUAAGAAAUGCCGAAGUUUGCGUUGCUUCCUCGUCCUGUCCUGCAUCUCUAGUCCUCGGGCAACAGAGUUGCAUGGUUAA